UGAGGAAAGAGCUCGGCGGUUGAUGACCCAUGUCGACCUUUGCCCCCUAUGUGGAGUUGAACCAGAGAGUAGCGUACAUAUGGUCCGUGAUUGCCACUUUGCCAAGAGCAUCUGGGUUUGUUGUUGUUCCUCAGGCGAUGCAAGCUCGUUUUUUUCUCCUUACCCAUUGCCGAUUGGAUUACAUGGAAUUUAGAGAAGGCCGAUACCGUGUGUACAGAUGAAGGUGAUUGGAGUAUCUUUUAUGCAAUCGUAUGCUGGUGGCUAUUGUGGAAAAGUCGGAAUAAUUUUGUGUUCAGCUAUCAUUAUUGCUACUAGCAAAGCUUGGACAGCAUCAGUUUUAGCUGCUAAACAGCAACAAGCGGCUAGUGCAACAAGGAGGUUCAGGAAGUAUAAUUGGGAAGAACCCUUGGAUGGAUGGAUGGAUUACCAUAAACACUGAUGGUGCAGGCUCUUUUAAGUUGGGUCGGACUGCUGCAGGGGGGCUGUUGCGAAAUGCUCAAGGAGAAUGGCUUGGUGGCUUUGCUGGGAGCUUUGCUCAAUGUUUCAAGCGGAGGCUUGGGCAGUCUUUGAGGGCUUGUUUUUUGCAGGCAGUAAAGGAUACGAUAAGGUGCAGGUGGAGGACAGUAAUAACGCUGAUCUAAUUUCGGUGCUUUGCCAGCGAGUAGAUGAGCCCAACGACGAAGUUCUUACAAGGCACAUCAGGUUUUAGAUAUAACUCGAUUGGGAAGUUUGCUUCAAACACAUUAACCGAGAGACUAACGGAGUGGCAGAUGCGUUAGCAAAGAUAGGGAUUGGUCUUGGUUUCGAAAAAGCUUACUUCGAAGAACCACCUCAUGAAGUAGUUAGUGCUUUUAUGACUGAGCGUGCUACUGUUGGAUGUCUCGACUUAUUAGUACUUGGGCUUUUUUUGGAGCCUCUUUUAUACCCCAAAAAAUAAUUUUUGGAAAAAUCGAAAAUAAGACUACUUUAUAAUGUGAAGGAUAAUUUGGGGAUGUUAAAUGGAGUUAACCCUUAUUACAACAAGUCUUAAACGUCUCUAAAGCCCUUUUUUUUCCCUUCAAGCUCCUCAAGGGGAAAAAGGUGAGUGGAGAGGGCGCGGGGAUUUAAGCUGUUUAGUUGGCGGCGGGCAAAGUAAGGGUGAAAAAUUGGAAAGAAUGGGAAAACGAGACAAGAAACAAAGGCACCAACAAAGAUCAUCUCAUAGAGGAGCAGCCUCUUAUUACUCUGUCCAACACGAUGAUGAUUAUGAAGAUGAGAGCUCCAGUUUUCAACAACCAUCUCAAGAUUCUGAAGAAGAACAAGAAGAAGAAGAACCAGAACAAGAGGAAGAAGAAGAUGACCCAAACCCAUCAACGGAAAUGCCAUCAAAAUUCAUUCUUUACCAACAAUCUGUACAGUCACCGAAAGGAGAUAUAAGCUAUUUGCAGAAGUUCUUUUUGAUGUAUGUGGGUGGAAGGUUGCCUCUGCAUCUUCAAGAAGAUUUCUGUGGCACUGCACUUCUUAGUACAGAAUGGCUCCGAAGUGAUCCAAGGCGGACAGCUGUUGGAUUGGAUCUUGAUCUCGAGGCAUUGCAGUGGUGCCUGGAGAACAACAUCAACAAAGUUGGGGCUGAUGGGUAUUCGAGAAUAUCUCUCUUUCACGGGAAUGUAUUAAAUCCGCAUGAGGCCAAAUUAGUCAGCUUCAAGCCUCAAGAGCUGAUAAGGAACAUUCAGUUGGAGGAAAGUGAUUAUAAUUCUGAGAUGACUGCAACAGAACCUAACAUAAACGAGGGUUCUAUCACUUUGUCAAAUGAAGAGUCUGUUAAGGCAGAUGCCAAAAUAUCUGCGAGAGACAUUAUAUGUGCUUUUAAUUACAGCUGCUGCUGUCUCCAUAAACGUGCAGAACUGGUUUUGUAUUUCAAGCAUGUUCUUGAAGCCUUGUCUAAAAAGGGUGGUAUAUUUGUGAUGGAUUUAUACGGUGGCACGUCAUCCGAGCAGUCCUUAAGACUUCAAAGGAGAUUUCCCAAUUUUACGUAUACUUGGGAGCAAGCUGAAUUCAACAUCAUUGAACGCAAAACAAGGAUUAGUCUCCAUUUCCAUCUUCAAAAGCAGCAGAAGAAACUUCGCCAUGCAUUUUCUUACAGUUGGAGGCUGUGGUCAUUGCCAGAGAUUAGAGACUGCUUAGAAGAGGCUGGAUUUCAAUCUGUCCAUUUCUGGCUUCGGAAGAUGCCAGACACUAGUGAAAACAGAAGCACAGAGGGAUUCGGCAGCGGGCGAGAUGUGAAGUAUGAAGAGGUAAAAACUUUCCAACAAGAAGAUGCUUGGAAUGCAUAUAUUGUCGCGGUAACGAACUAGGGCCUUCAGUUCUAUCUUUUUCAACUUACCAACCUUAAAGCUGCUUCCGCCACAAGUUAGUGGCAAACGGCUAUGGAUAUCAUGAAACAGCUUGCUUUCAUGGUUGUAAAACUGGCAUUUUCUCUGAUAAUUGCACUUCCAAUCUUUCGUGGCAGCGCAUAGUUUGAUGAAUUAUUCUGUCGUGUUAUAUGAAUUAGAAUCUUUUAGCAUUCCA